AUGCAUAAAAAGGAGAAUUAUGAAGGUGCAUUGAAGUGUUCUAAACAAAAUUUUGAAUUCGAAGCAGUUGAUGAAGAUAAUCAUUCUGAAUCACAAUGUCAAUAUGCAAUUUCAUUGCUGAUCUUAACAAAGAGGUAG